AUGCCCGGUUCCAAACAACAAUCGCAAAAACCACCUUUCGCUUUUCCUCAGGCGACUGAAGUUAACACCUUACAGCCAUUAAUCACGCCUCCAACUCCUGUUCCCACUGAGGUGUCUACCCCCACCGAACUUGGGGAGUUUGCUUCAAACAUUGUAUACCAGAUGUGGCAUGUCAAGGUGACUGAUUCAACCUUGGUUGGCCAACUUUCUCCCUCGUCUCCGUUGUCAAGUCAACCCGCUAAUUUUUCUCAGACCGCAAGCUCCCAAUUUAAGAACUUUUGCGUUCAGGUACUAUUACAAACACAAUUAUCCAAUACGGUAGUUAUUUUGUCCUUAAAAUACGUGCAAAGGUUUGUUAAGAGCGGUAGAUCCGUUAAUUUUGGGGAGGAAGGACCGGAGUAUAGAUUGUUUACUAUUGCAUUGAUGCUGGCGAAUAAGUUCCUUGAUGACAAUACAUUUACAAAUAAAACUUGGUCAGAAGUUACUAAUAUCCCUGUCAAGGAGAUCAACAGAAUUGAAAUUGCAUUUUUGGAAUGCAUGGAUUUUAAAAUGUAUGUUAGUGGUUCGGAGUAUUCUCAUUGGCUCGAAUGCUUGAAAGAAUAUACAAAAACGCAACAACAGCUGUAUGUUCAUCAAAGACAACGUUCUUCAUCUGAUACUUCGAAGAAUGGUUCAUUAAUUACAGCUCAAAAUCAACAUCAGACAGAUAGCAGACCAUCUAAAAGGUUUGUACAAUUCAAUCAAGAAGCACCCUCAUAUUUUGAUUCUGCGAAUACUACGGCUCCUGUUCUUGGUCAAUGCAUUAUGCCUGCAUCUCAAUUACCAGCCGGGAUGCAACAACUUUCCAUACCCGCAGCAAUUGGAUCGACAACUUCAGGCAUAAUACAACCUCCUGCAAUAGCUCGUGUGCACCAUUCGUAUGGUCAGAGCUCUCCUUCUCCUGCUCAAUUGGCCCUACGUAAUUCUUAUUAUGGUUCUUUACGAGAUAGCGGUGGUUCAUUUCACGUUAAAAGGCACAGUAUGCCUACAAUGAAUCUUCAAAACAUUAUUGACCAAGUACCACAUCAACAAGCUAAUCAAUUAAAGCCAUGGAAUGUCAAUUCUCUUGCUUACCAUCCUAAUACAAAAUUGGAUGCUCAACAAUUUAAACAGUCUAAUUCUAGUUCGUAUCACAACGUUGCGACUUCCUCACAAGUUACUGGAAGUCAAAUAGACACUAACACAUAUGGACCAUAUGGAAACAUUAACAAUCAGCGUGGCGAACCUCAUUCUCGUAUCAAUCAUCAGACAUCUACAAUUCAAUAUCCUAACGUUAACGAUUCUGCUACUGAUGCUUAUUCCGGUUUUACGAAACAACAGGAUCAGCAAAAAGUUGCAGAAUCUAUACCUUCUGCUAAUCAACAAGAUCCAUCCCAUACUUUAGCCCACCACCGUUCUAUGCCUCAACUGAUUCGAUCUACAUUCCCUCCUCCUAUUGGAUAUGCAAAUCUGGCAUCUCAAACAUCUGAUGGGUUGAUAGUUGGUAAACCAACUGUUCAAUCAUCAGACAAUAUUCCUCCAACCAAUAACCAGAUUCAGUCGCCCGAACAAUAUUACUCUACACCUCCCUUAAUGUACCAAAAGGAGUUAGGAUCUCGUGCGACUCAGCCAAAAAUUGGAAGUAUUUCGACACUCAACAUAGGAGUGAGCAGUAACCCUCCAACUCCUGUCGACAUUCCAUUUAAUCCGAUGAUUCAACCUACAACAUCAUUCCGACCAGUAAUUGGUAAUAGCCUUGCCAAUUCUAAUAAUAGCACAAGUCAACCACCUAAAUAUGGUCAAUACUAUGGUUCAGUUCAAGCUCAACAAGGAAUGACCGGCGGUAUUGGUGGAAUCGUUUUACCUCUGGUAGAUUCAAACAACAACAAUGGUAACGCUUCUCAAAAUAUACCUACAAAAAGGAUUGAGGAGAGUAUCAUUAAUAAGAGCAAUGGGAUUGCAGGUUCUUUUGCUCCAGUAUUGAUUGCGCCUCCAGGCUUAGGACUCACUG